ACGUGCCGUAUGCAAGUGGGCAGUUGGUACUUGGCUGUCAUAAAUUUAGAUUUUAGACUGGCACACUGCAAAGUACCUACAAGACGUGUGGACAAUGUGUACUGGUACUAUGGUGUACAACUUUACUGACUAAUAAGAAUUAUUAUAUUUUUAGAAUAGCCAAAACAAAAUAGUCAAAUUACCGAACCAUUUCAAUAGUACCCACAUAUUACAUAAGAAUAUCAGAUAAGACCUACUCGCUAAAUAUAACAUACAUGUUAUUAUGAUGUAAAUAAAUAAUAAUUAUGUUUCAUUCCAUUUUGGUUAAUCGUCUCAAUCGUCGAUCACGGCUCCCGAGUGGUAUUUUGUAUUUCUGUAUUCAACGGAUUAUCAUUAUUUUACUUGUUAUUUUAUAUUAUGAACAAUAAACGUACUAAGGUACAAUGUUUAGCCUGUGGUAGUUCAUUUGGCCAUGAAUACCGCCGAAAACAUGAACUUAACAUUCAUGGCGGUAGUCAAGUAAAAGUGAAAGACGUUAGUCUUGGUGUAGCCAACAAUCCCUUUGCUGCUGCCCGAUUGAACUUCGAACGCAAAGUAUCUAAAGGUGACUCAGAUAAUGUUUCAUUAAAUAAAAAAUGUAUAAAUAACGCAAAUUCUUAUAAUGAAACUGUUGUAAGUGAAGUAUCUAAAGGUGACUCAGAUAAUGUCCCAAUUAAUUCAAACUGUGUGAACAAAAUCUCAAUUGAUAUAUCAACUUCUAAGAAUGAUAGUCCGGUGCAACCAGUACUCAAUGUCUUCCCAUCAACUAAUGGUAGGAGGUUUUCUGCUAUGUGGUAUACAUAUAAUUGGAUUGAGUAUUCUAUCGCUGAGGAUUUAAUUUAUUGUUUUGCUUGUCGUCAUUUCUCAUCGCUUAUGAACAACCCAGGAACCAUUAUAGGGAAAAUACCAUUUGUUAAUUACGGUUUAAAAUGCUGGAAAGAACCAAAACAAACUUUAAAUAGCCAUUGUAGAAAUAAGAAGCAUUUAUUAAGUAUGACUCGUUGGGUCGAUUAUCGUAAUAUUCAAAAAAAUGUACAACAAUCAAUUGCUUGUAAUCUGAAUAAAGCCAGACAACAGGAUAUUUAUGAGAAUCGAUUGCAUGUUCAUUUUUUGUUAAAAUCUGCACUAUUUCUAGCUAAACAAGGGUUAGCUUUUCGCGGUCACAAUGAGAUGACUAGUUCAAACAACAAAGGUAAUUACUUAGAAUUAUUAGAAACGUUUGCUGAUGAUAAACUUCUAGUUCGCCUACGUUCAAGAUAUGGACAUUAUACAAGUCCCAGUUACCAGAAUGAUUUAAUAAAAGUACUGGCUGAAUGCACUAAACAAAAUAUUUUGAACAAAAUGUCAUUACUGGGAGCUUUUGCUAUUCUUGUUGAUGAAACAAAAGAUGCUUCCAAAAAAGAACAAUUAAGUUUUGUGUUACGGUUUGUUGAUAAAGAUUUUGAUGUUUAUGAGCACGCACUAGGAUGUUUUCAUAUGACAAAAUCAACUGCCCAAAGUUUAUCAGAUGAAAUAUUAAAAAUUUGCAUACAUUAA